AUGGGCGAUUUCGCGAGGCCAUCGCGCCCGUUGAAACGGAGAAAAGUUGCUGAAGGAUGGAAGAAGGGGGAGAUUUCGACGAAUGGAUAUGAUAUGAACGGUAUGAUGACGGGUAUGAACGAUAAGAAGAGUGUGAGAUUUCAGGUUGAGAGUGACAGUGAAGGCGAGAGUUGGAAUCUCAAUGGACUAUCAAAUGGAAUAUCUAAUGGGGAUGUGGAUGGGAAUAGAGAUAGUGAUCCGGAGGAUGAACGAGGGGAAGAAAGAGUAGGAGGAAAUGAUGCUACUGAUCCUCAGCCAGAGCCUUCUCCUUCGCCGUCGACUGGACGAACAAUGAGGUCUAGGGUGCGGCAGAGUAGUUUGCCCAAGAGACGUAUUGGGCUUUCGCCUACUGAGGGGGCGAAGAGGCCUCAGCGAACAGGGAGGAAGGAGGAGAAGACUCGGAGACGAGGGGACGAGGAGAAUGUUUCACAUCUUACGAAACGAAUGCGACAGGCUAAGUCUAUCAAUGGAGUCGAUGGGACAAAAGUGGGGACAGCUGCUGAGGGAGAUGGUGAUAUUGAUGUGCGCAGAUCGAAAUUGAGGACAAGGAACAAGCGGACCGCGGCCAGUAAUCGGACACCGAAAGGGGCCAAAGUUUGGGAAGUGCCCACUGAUGAUGAGGUGAUGGAAGAGGAAUUACUGGACGUUGCUACAAAUGAGCUAGGUGAAUAUCUGUCUGCACAAGCAAAUGUGGAAGAGUAUGAUGAUGAGAGUCAAAAUGAUCUUUCCGCUCUACAACUGCAGCAAGAGCUGGUGGACAACGACACGCACAUGGUCGAGGCUGAUGAAUUGCCUCACUAUGCUAGCAAGUUCAAGAUGUUAUGCGAAGAAAACGAGCUGGGGAGCCAUGUCGAAUCGCUCGCCCAGUGUAUUCUCAAGAAACUUACGGGCAAGCACCCCAUACCACUGCGGUGCCUAGACUCCCAAUACCAAACUGUUCAUCAACUAGCUGAGCAGACUGUGGUCGCCGGAGAAGGGAAUUCAUUACUUCUCCUUGGAUCAAGAGGCUGCGGGAAAACUGCAGUUGUGGAAAGCGUUAUUUCAUCUCUAGCAAAGGAUCACGGAGAUGACUUCCACGUCGUGCGUUUAAACGGAUUCAUUCACACCGAUGACCGAGUUGCUCUGAGGGAGAUCUGGCGCCAGCUGGGGCGUGAAAUGAAUACAAAAGAAGAGACAAGUAAAACAAUCAGCUACGCUGAUACUAUGGCUUCACUGCUUGCACUUCUCUCGCAUCCUGAGGAGCUUUUCGGAGUCUCCGACGACCCUAAUACCAUUUCUACAGCGAAGUCGGUUAUCAUUGUUUUGGAUGAGUUUGACCUGUUCGCCUACCACCCGCGCCAGACUCUACUAUACAAUCUUUUUGAUAUCGCUCAGGCGAGAAAGGCUCCGGUGGCGGUUUUGGGAUUGACGACAAAAGUUGAUGUCACUGAAAACUUGGAGAAAAGGGUGAAGAGCAGAUUUAGUCAUCGAUACGUGUUUCUACCCCGACCGCGGACAUUUGAUGAAUUCUCUGAUAUAUGCAAGGCGGGGAUGAUCUUGGAAGAAGGGGAAUUGCCUGAUGGUGGUCUGGAUAAUUUGAAGUCCGAUGAAGGGAAACUGUUACUCCAAAGUUGGGAAGAAUAUCUUCAAGGUCUCUGGGCUGACCCCGCAUUCCAAACGCACCUCCAGCAAAUCUACCACCAAACCAAGUCUCCCAAGGAUUUCUUCGCCAGUGCACUCCUUCCAAUAUCUACACUCUACCACAGUUUACAGAAAACACCCAACUGUCCGUCCAGCCUCCAGCCCCCAACACCAAAAUCAUUCCUUUCCCAACCUCUCUCCUGUCCAGAUCCAGCUUCCCUCCCGUUUCCCCCAUCUACUUCCUCCACAAGCAAUACUUCCCUUCCCCUCUCUCUCCUUCUCGCCGCCACCCGUCUAACUGCACUGCACGAACCUGGGCUUAACGCUGCCCAUCGCCAAACCCCAACUCCGCUCACCCUCACUUUCCCAGCAGUAUACGCAGAAUAUGUCCGCCUAUUGACUUCUGCAAAGGUAUCUGCCUCUUCUUCUGGUGCUGCAGCAACUCCAGGACGCGUAUGGGGGAAGGACGUGGCCAGGGAGGCGUGGGAGCGGUUGGUGGGUUGGGGCCUAGUGGUUCCCGUCGGUGGAGGAACAGUGAUGGGAGAUGGCAGAAUGUUCAGGAUUGAGAUUAGCUUUGAGGAGGUCCUGGAUGGAGUUGGGGAUAGUGGUGUGGGUGCCCUGGGCAGAUGGUGGAGAGACACAUAG